AUGUUAUUCCGUGCAGCGGCCUUCUUGGUCCUUCUAGCUCUGGUCCAGCUAGCUGUAUGCGCCGAGGACUACUACAAGGUCCUUGGUGUGAAAAGACAGGCUACAAACAAAGAGUUGAAACAAGCAUAUAGACAACUCUCAAAGAAAUUCCACCCAGACAAGAAUCCUGGCGACAACACUGCCCACGAUAAGUUUGUGGAAGUCUCCGAAGCCUACGAUGUCUUGAGCGACGAGGAAAUGCGCAAGGUCUACGACAGACAUGGCCACGAAGGUGUUCAGCAGCGCCGUCAAGGAGGUGGAGGUGGUGGUGGUCAUGAUCCUUUCGAUCUCUUCAGCCGUUUCUUUGGUGGUCAUGGUCACUUUGGACGAGGAUCUAGCGAACCCCGAGGUCACAAUGUCGAAGUCCGUGUCGAAAUUACUCUCCGCGACUUUUACAACGGCGCUACUACCGAAUUCUCCUGGAACAAGCAACAUAUCUGUGAAACAUGCGAGGGCACCGGCAGUGCAGAUGGUCAAGUCGAUACUUGCGAGCACUGCGGCGGUCACGGUGUUCGUCUUAUGAAGCGACAGCUCGCCCCCGGUAUGUUUCAGCAAUUCCAGCAACGAUGCGAAGCCUGUGGUGGUCGAGGCAAGAACAUCAAGCACAAGUGUAAGGUGUGCCACGGUGAACGAGUUGAAAAGAAGUCCACUCCUGUCCAGCUUAACAUUGCGCGCGGAGCUGCUCGUGACUCCCGCAUUGUCUACGAGAACGAAGCCGAUGAGAGCCCUGAUUGGGUUCCUGGUGAUUUGCUGGUCACAUUAUCUGAAAAGGAGCCCUCAUAUGAAAACAACCCCGAUAAAGUCGACGGUGCAUUCUUCCGACGCAAGGGCGAUGAUCUUUACUGGACCGAAGUUCUUUCUCUCCGCGAGGCCUGGAUGGGUGGAUGGUCUCGCAACCUUACUCAUCUCGACAAGCACGUCGUUCGUCUGGGUCGACCCCGCGGUCAAGUCAUCCAGCACGGCCACAUUGAAACAGUAGUCGGUGAAGGUAUGCCCAUCUGGCACGAAGACGGCGACAGCGUCUACCACAAGACCGAGUUCGGAAACCUGUACGUCGAAUACAACGUUGUUCUGCCCGACCAGAUGGACACCAACAUGGAGAGUGAAUUCUGGGAGCUCUGGGAGAAGUGGCGUCUCAAGAACGGCGUUGAUCUACACAAAGAUAGCGGACGACCAGAGCCAGAGAAGCCUGCUCAUGAUGAGUUAUGA